AUGGAGAGAAGCUCAUCUCUGGUGCAGACGGCAUGUCAAGGCAUCUUCAUCACUGUUCUGACCGUGCUAUCAGUGAGCUGGUUUUUAAACAAGAUCAAGAAAUACUUUACAAAAUCUGUCACAGAAAUUUCAGGUGUUAGAGUUGCGGACACUGAGCUGGACACACCUGACAGUUAUAGGAAAAAACAAGAUGAGUGUAGACAAAGAAUGCAGGCGGAGCAUGAGUCCAAG